CCCACCUGCCAUGUCCAAGCAGGUGUUAUGCUGGAGGAUCUGAGCAAAUUAGUCACUUGGGCUCACUCUCAUGGCUCCCACUGUCCCCACAAGCUUUCGCAUAAGGGGAAACUCAACCAUGGGGUUGGGCAUCAGUGCAAAGUUAAUUGGAGAUGUGAGGUUGGACAUGCCUUCGACUGGGCCUUGACACUUGCCACAGAGGUGAAAGUUGAGGAGGAAAAGACAGAGGAGGAGGUGGAUGUAGGUCAUAUGAGCAAGAGGAGGAGAAUACAACGCCUGUCCUCGGAUGAGGAAGAGGAAGGGGAGAUGGGAUAUGUCCCAUUCAUUGGGAAUAUUACUGAUGAAAAUGGGGUUGAAUCCGACGUGAGCCACUGUAGCCUUGUGACCCACGUGUCAGGAGAGGGAGGAGAUGCCCCAGUGAGAAAGCUAGAAGAGGCCUUGACUGGAAACAAAGCCAGGAAGUCCAAGCAGCAGAGAACUGUGAAACAACCUUUCUUUCCUAGGAGGAUUGUUCAAGAGGACCCCAAAGGCAAUAUCCACAUGGAUGUUAGGGUGGAGCUGGAGCAAAAGAACAAGGAGUCAAAUCAAGAGGGAAGGGGCAUUGAGAAGAGGACAGUUCGAAAGGAGGAAAGCCCAGGCCCAAAUGAAAACCUCAUUACAGCUCUUGACAUCACCCCUCUCCCGAGCUGCCUUUCAGACAUUGAGAGCGCCCCAGAAGAUGUGGAGUGGUCGACUCCUAAGGGUGGACAGGGUUCCCUCUCCCCUCCUAAACCUAAGCCCCUAUUCCAGGGCCAGGGUGAAACCCACAGGCAGGGCUCCUGUAGUGCUGCCCUCUUCCCACUUACACCUCAGAGAUCAGGUGCGGCUGCAGGGCACUCUCCCCCUAAUAAAGGCAAGGUGAAAGCAGCAACCAAGAAACCAGCAGAGAAAAGUGAGUAUAUCUGCUGCAGUAAUGAUUAGUACAUUAUUAUGGGACAGAUUUACUAAUAGCACCUGUUUUGUACAGAGGUUAUGGUAAAUCUGUUUUCAUGUGGGUAGGACUUUACAUUACAGCACAGACUAUAGUGGUUAUAACAUGGUAAUAGUAUAAUGGUCUAAGUUAUAGUUACUCACAAUUAAUAUGACUGUAAUGUUUGUUCAAUGUAAAUGGUGUCUGGGGCAAGUUUUGUAAAGUGUGACUGUUAUUUUGUUUCUUCCAGGGGGGCCAAAGAAAGCAGAGGCCCGCCUGGGCAAUCUCAUGACCUUUGUCAUGUGGCUAAACUCUCAAAACCAUCCGGGGGCGCGUUGUCCAGGCAGCCUUCCUGUCGCCGAGCUGGACAGGUUAUUGGUCGCCUUCUUCCAGUACGUGUGGGAGGAGUCCCGCCUGCAGGCCCUGAGCAGCAGCACUCUCACAACUUACGCCCGUAUGCUGGACCGUGAUCUGCAGAACCAGGGCUGCAGCUUCAGUAUCCGGAAGUCAGCCGAGUUCACAAACACCAUUAGGGAACUGGAUAGCUGCUGCCAGCACUUGAGGCAGAGGGAGUGGGACAGAGACAUCCUGGUGAUCCAGAGCUUGAGGAGAGAAGAGGAGGCUGCACUGAGGCAGGCAGGGGUCCUGUCUAGGGCCACACCGGAUGGGCUGCUCAACCUGGUCCUGUUCAACAACCUCAAGGCCUUUGGGAAGUUCCACCUGGAGGGAGUCUGGCCCGGGCGCAUCUCCGACUUCCACACGGCCAUGGAGACCCACCCAGGGACGGGCAACGGGGAAAAACUAGAAUACCUGGAAUGGAACAAUACUCAUUUCCCAGACCAGAGCCCCGUACGGAUGCACGGCCUGGCCGACGAUCCGGAAUGCUGCCCCCUGCGGGACUACAAGCUCUAUGUAUCCAAGCGCGUUGGAAGCCGCCUGAUCGCCACUGAUGCAAUGUACUGUUGCCCACUGAGCCGCUAUAGGCCCUGGGAUGAUUACUGGUUCAGCCGCCAUGCCAUGCCCAAACCUCGCCUGGAAAAGAUGAUCACGGCUCUGAGCCACCAUAUCCUCUCCGUUCGUAAUAGGAGGGCAGCAGCCGUAUAUUAG